AUGUCUCGUUGUUUCUGCGAGUCUCUACUUUCUACUAAAAUUCCUUAUGCACAAACAUUAAUAAUAAAACUACAGAAAAUUGAUGUUAGAGUAGAAAUCGACGGAGUAAUGACUGAAUUGUUUGAAGUUGAAGAAGUUAAAAUGCGAUUAAUUGAUGGUCUAAGGAAAAGAUUUCUUUCUAUGGAAACUGAUAAGUAUUUUAUAAACAUAUAUAUUUAUUAG